AUGACCGACGAUAUGAACCUUUCCUCGGGAGGAACCAACUCUCAUUUAGAUCAUUCUGUAGUAAACGCUAUGGAUAUUUCAAGGAACAGUGAGAGUGAGGGAGAACUUAGUAAUGAGAGUGUAGAUAUGAUUAUGAAUAAUGCUACUGGAGACCCAACAAUAGAUAUGUGCGAUGAAGGACACAGUGAUGAUGAGUUUGGAGAACAAGGACAACAUUUUGACCAAGCACAAUUCGAACGAAUGUUGAGCCAAAGACACUAUAAGGUUGUUAGAGAACGAGGCGAAGGAACUUUUUCUAAAGUACUUGAAGCAAAAAAUCUCAAGACCAAUCAGCGAGUGGCUAUUAAGUGUAUGAAAAGCAAAUUUAAGGAUAGAGACAGAGUCAAUAGGUUAAGGGAAAUUCAAGCACUGAAGAUUCUAUCACCUCACGAUAAUGUCAUUUCUCUAUUAGAAGUUGUUUAUGAUCCAAAGAAUGGUAAUCUUGCUCUUGUGUUUGAAUUGAUGGACAUGAAUAUUUAUGAACUUAUCAAAAGAAGAAAAAAGUACUUUCCAGAACAUCAAUUGAAAUCAUAUAUGUAUCAAGUUUUAAAGUCAAUUGAUCAUAUGCAUAGACAUAACAUUUUCCAUCGAGAUGUCAAGCCUGAGAAUAUUCUUGUAAUGAAAAUCACAACACCUCCCUCAAUACCAACAUCGAGCAGUAUGACUCAACCAAACCAAAUACUAUCAACAAACUUUCUUUACUAUUAUUAUCUCAACGGUACUGCACCAACAAGUGCUUCCCCUUCAUCUAGUAGAUCUGAAACACCAACAGAUUCAUUCAGUUAUCCGACUCUUAAAUUGGCUGACUUUGGAAGUUGUCAAGGAACAAAAGGAAAGAGACCUUAUACUGAAUACAUUUCUACGAGAUGGUACAGAGCACCAGAGUGCCUGUUAACAGAUGGUUUUUAUGAUCAAAAAAUGGACAUGUGGAGUAUUGGAUGUGUGUUUUAUGAGCUAAUUACUUUCGAACCAUUAUUCCCAGGAGAAAACGAAUUGGAUCAAAUCCAUCUUAUUCACAAAGUUGUUGGAACACCAAGUGAAGACAUUUUGAACAAAUUCAGAAAACAUGCAAGUAGAUAUUUGAGUAAUGGUAAAUUCCCAAAGCGAGCAGGAAAGGGUUUAAAAGCCAUGAUACCUAAUGUUUCGAAAGAUUGUCUAGAUUUAUUACAAAAACUUUUAAUUUACAACCCUGAAGAAAGAAUUACUGCCAGUAAGGCUCUAAGACACCCUUAUUUUAAAGAAUUGUAUGCUCUUGACCAAAGCUUUGGAGGAGGCCAGUCAAUACCUAGUCCAUCUCCUCUCAUGAACAACAUUUCAACCAACGCUACUAAUAGCCCCUCUAGCACACAAGGCCCAGGGCUCCAACAAGCACCUUUAAUUCACCACAAUAUUCAAAAUCAAGCCCAGAAUCAUAACAAUAAUUCAAAUAUGGUUGUUUUACCAACAAUAUAUGGUACCAAGCAAAAACCAACGAAUAAGAAACCGGUUCAAAACCAACAAGGAAUAACUUCAUAUGGAAAAAAUAUGAGCAAUAGUAACCUUAAUACCUCAAAUCAAAGCAAUGCAAGCGGUACAGGAGGUUCACUGAAUCAAUUUUUCUCUUCUAUGAAGAGGAAUACCAAUAUGAAAACUGUAAACCUCUCUCCCUACAUGAAUGAUCAUCCUCCAGUUUCUAGCUCAAUGACCUACCAAACCACAACAACCUACAAUAACUUCCAAUCAAACAAAGCUCCUCCAAUCUUCCAAAACAAUGUACAUGCGUCUCUUUCCAACUCCAAUAAGAAUGAACCUAUAGAAAAACAGCAGAAAAAGUAUUCACUUCAUUACAUGAUAUAA